CGCUCUCCUCCUCUCUCCAGUCCUCUCUGCUCUCUUCAGCGCAGCGCGGUGCGGCAGGGCGCACGGACUCCUCACAGCCAGGGACCCAGCAGCACAAAUGUCGGAAAGCGGGAGCCAGGAAGCCGCCGCGGCCCCGAACGGCAGCCCCACGAAACGGGCAUCACGACCCGCCGUGGGCAACAAAGUGACCGUGGUGCUCGGAGCGCAGUGGGGCGACGAGGGGAAGGGAAAAGUUGUGGAUCUCCUGGCACAAGACGCCGACAUGGUGUGCAGAUGUCAGGGCGGCAACAACGCAGGACACACAGUGGUGGUCGACUCGGUGGAGUACGACUUUCACCUCCUCCCCAGCGGCAUCAUCAACCCCAAGGUCACCGCUUUCAUCGGCAACGGUGUGGUGAUCCAUCUCCCGGGCCUGUUUGAAGAGGCACAAUCAAACGAAUGCAAAGGGAACAGCCUGAAGGACUGGGAGAAAAGACUGAUAAUCUCUGACCGAGCACACAUCGUGUUUGACUUCCACCAAGCGGUUGAUGGCGUUCAGGAACAGCAGAGGCAGGAGCAAGCAGGCAAGAACCUCGGGACGACGAAGAAGGGCAUCGGUCCGGUGUACUCGGCCAAGGCGGCCCGCAGCGGCCUCAGGAUAUGCGACCUGCUGGCGGACUUCACACAGUUCUCUGAAAGGUUCAAGGUUUUGGCCCAGCAGUACAAAUCGAUGUACCCGACCCUGGAGAUCGACGUCGAGGGGGAGCUGGUCAAACUGAAGACCUACGUGGAGCAGAUCAAGCCCAUGGUGCGGGACGGCGUGCAUUACAUGUACGAGGCUCUCCACGGCCCCCCCAAGAAGAUCCUGGUGGAAGGCGCCAACGCGGCGCUGCUGGACAUCGACUUCGGGACGUACCCGUUCGUGACGUCCUCCAACUGCACGGUGGGAGGGGUGUGCACGGGCCUCGGCAUGCCGCCCCAGAACGUGGGCGAGGUCUACGGCGUGGUGAAGGCGUACACCACCAGAGUGGGCAUCGGCGCCUUCCCCUCGGAGCAGGACAACGAGAUCGGCGAGCUGCUUCAGACCCGGGGGAAGGAGGUCGGCGUGACCACCGGCAGGAAGCGGAGAUGUGGCUGGCUGGACCUGGUGCUGAUCAAAUACGCACACAUGAUUAAUGGCUUCACUGCUUUGGCGCUGACCAAACUCGACAUCCUGGACGUGCUCCCGGAGAUCAAGGUGGGCGUCGCCUACAAAGUGGACAACCAAGUAAUACCUCAUUUCCCAGCCAAUCAGGAGGUGUUGCAGCGCGUGGAAGUUCAAUACAAGACGCUGCCCGGCUGGAACAGCGACACCUCGGCCGCCAGGAGCUUCGAGGAUCUGCCCGAGAACGCCCAGAAGUACGUCCGCUUCGUGGAGGACCACGUGGGAGUGCCUGUGAAAUGGAUCGGAGUGGGGAAGAGCCGGGAGUCCAUGAUCCAGCUGUUCUAGACUGGAGGAGGAAGAGGAGCCAAUCCAGUGUACCCUCCUUUAAUACUCACAUACAUACACACACACACACACACACACACACACACACACACACACACACACCCUCCCGACGUCUCCUCCCGGGUUUUUAACUGUAAAGCCAGGUUUAAGCCAGGUUUCCACUUGCACGAUAUCUGUGGCACGCAUUGGCACGAAUCGAUUCGCAAACUACUCGUAAAGUGGCGUGAGGUGUGCGUAAACCCGUCGUGACGAGAAUUUUGAAAUGUUCAAAAUUUUUGGUCACGACAAAAUUUAUCGCGACCGUUUGAACUAUGCGCCAACUGUUCGUGAACGCCUUGUGAACGCGUCGGGCGUGGUGUCGUGUGCCAUGCCACGACUGGCACGCAUCCUCCCGCAUCGUCCCGCGUUCACGAGGAGUUAACGAACAGUUGGCGCAUAGUUCACGGCCCGGUCGCGAUAUUCUGUCGUGACCAAAAUUUUGAACGUCUCAAAAUUCUCGUCCCGACAUGGCACGCAGUCACGACGGGUUUACGCGCACCUCACGCCACUUCACGAUUAGUUUGCGGCUCGAUUCGUGCCAAUGCGUGCCACAGAUAUCGUGCAAGUGGAAACCUGGCUUAAAGCAGCAGCAGCAGCGUCACUCGUUCCUCCUUUUAUCGGUUCCUGUUCGUGUCGUAGCCGUUCGCUUCAGACAUGCAGGAGACACCAGCUGCCAUCAGGUCUGAGAGGACACGAGGGAGCGGGACACACACACACACACACACACACACACACACACACACACACACACACACACACACACGCUCUGAUGCAGUCACAGGACGGUGUCUGCAGGUGUUUGAUCGAUCUGUUCAAGUGUAUUUCUGUUGAUCUAUGCUGUGAUUUAAACGCGCUGUGCCAGUUCGGUGUGAAUCCUUUGAAAAAGUUUGAACCUCAGCACUUUAGAUGCUUUGGACUUUAUUCUGCUCGGUAUCUUACUCUGCCAGGUCUGCGGCACAUCCUGACACGAUAAAGGGAUCCUUUCACUAUUUUAAAUCUGUGUCCUUUUUUUUGUUUUGUUUUUGUCUUCGGACUUCUGUUGCCUUGUCAUUCAACCAAAAAAGAAGAAGAAGAAGAAGAAAAACCUCUGCUUUUCAUUUAUCUACUUGUAGCUACCGAUCGUUUCCACUGAAUGCUGAUUAUGUAAAGCCGAUGCACAUCUUCCUGUACUGUGAGGAGAGCCCAGUGUUACAGUUUUAGUGUCAGCAGGCGAGUUUUCCAUGAACGGUGCAGUACAACCAGGAAGCAGCGCCGUGCAGAACAUCCAGACGAACCUUCCUUCGUCCUCACUUUUUAAACGUGCUUCUUUAAACAAAAGAAAAGGUAGAGACUGGUUUUGAUCUAAACUUGAGCUUAAGUCAAUUUUAACUCCCCAGAUUUUUUUUUUUUUUUAAGCAAGAAGCGUGAAAAUGCUCUGUGGAUUGAAUUCAUGAGUUAAAAAAAAAACUUUUCUAGCAGGUUAUAUCACAGAAUUCCUCUCAUAACUGCUGGACUGAAGUAAAUAUUGGUGCUAAAAGCCAGCAGGUGUAAAGCUUUCCAUUGAUUUGCAUACAAAUGAACAGACUUUUUUUUCUGUUUUGAAAUUUAAUCCCAAUAUUUUUCCUGAAAACAAAGUUCUUCAUGGCGUCGGAGUGGACAGUGUGACGCUUUGUCCUUUAAUGAUCAAAAUAGUUGAAUUAUCACUUAAGAUUUAAAAUAUUUUCUAAUUUCUCGCCGUUACAUCUGGUUUUUUGUUUUGUUUUUUGUUUUUUUUUUACCGGGAUGAUGAUUAAAAAGGUGCAAUAACUCAUUAGAGAUGAAUGUAGCAUUAGAAGAGGCUGAACUCAGAAAGCUCCCCGCAGGCUCCCUCAGACAGAUAAAGCUGGCGGACUGUCCCUUUAAUGAGCUGUUUCAUGUGAUGAAGUGGAUCAAAUCCUGCUAACAACAUUGUUCCAAAUGUUUAAUCCUUCACUAAAAGCAAAGACGGCAUCUUACAGGUCUCUGAAUGUAUCCUUGUUUUUUUUGUUUAGUUUUUUUCCCACAUCGAGAGAUUCGAGCGCUUUAAAGACAGUUUGAUGCCGUCAACUCAACGCGCGGCGACAUGAACGGCUGUACUGCACUCGAAUGGGAAUCUCCCACCGUCAAUAUGAAGCCUGAUUUUUGAAAAUUCACCUUCGGUGGUAUAAGAUGUAACUCAUGUUGUCUCUUGUGACUGAACCGCGGCUCUCAUACAGUCUGAACCUCAGGACAUUAAAUAAAAAGGGGAUUUUUAGAAAUUGUA